AAGCCAUUUGCCCAUUUGACAAUACGAUAUGUUCAUAUGUCCAUGGUCCAUGGGAAGAAAAUGCCAAAAGAAAAAACAGUAAUAUCUCCCGCGGCGACUUCUGGUUACGCUUACUCCGAAAUUGAAGUUGAAGAAGAUUGAAGUUGGGAUUAAUUUGUUCAUAAAAAAUGGAGCUGCGUUGCAUAGCCUUCCCAACAAUCCCUUCAACCAUCACAAGGUAUCCCAUUUCUUUUCUAAUUUCUUCGUUUAAUCUCAAUUCCCCUUACAAUGCAAACAAACGAAACAUGUACACUUGUUCUUGCUUUUCAAUUUAUCAAACUGAAACCAUGAAAACCUCAAAUAUUAACUUACCCAAUAGUUAUAACAAUUCAAUUAUGAAAUACCCAGUUGGAAAAGAGCAAUCUUUAGAGUUAUACAGUGAAAAAAUUAGUAAUUAUUGUAAAAAUGGAUGUGUGGAUAAGGCUAUGACAUGUAUUUCUGAAAUGCAAGCAAUGGGUAUGUACCCUAAUCUUUUUUGCUAUUCAUGUUUAAUUGAGGCUUUAGGAAGUGUUGGUAGAACCCUUGAAGUUGAAAUGAUUUUCCAAGAAAUGAUAUAUCUUGGGUUUAAACCUAGUGUUGGGGUUUUCAAUGUUUUGAUUCGAGGGUUUUUGAGAAAAGGGUUGUAUGAGCUUGCUAAUAAAGGUUUAAGGGCAAUGGAGGAUUUGGAUGUUCUUCGAAAUCAAGAGACGUUUGAGAUUUUUUUGGAUUAUUAUGUGAGUGCUAGGAGGUUGAGUGAUACUUGGAGGAUUAUUGGGGAUAUGAAGAAGAGGGGUUAUCGAUUGAAUUCGUUUGUGUAUAGUAGGGUAAUUGAGUUGUAUAGAGAUAAUGGGAUGUGGAAGAAGGCAAUGGAAAUCGUAGGGGAGAUAAGUGAGAUGGGUGUGCCUGUGGAUAGGCGGAUAUAUAAUAGCAUUAUUGAUACGUUUGGAAAGUAUGGUGAGUUAGAUGAAGCCUUGGAAGUGUUCGGAAAGAUGCUUAGAGAAGGAGUAGUGCCGGACAUAAUGACGUGGAAUUCUUUGAUCAAAUGGCAUUGUAAGGCUGGGGAUUAUAUGAAGGCGCUUAGUUUGUUUACUGAUAUGCAAGAUCAGGGACUGUAUCCUGAUCCUAAGAUAUUUAAUAUCUUGAUCAGUCAGCUAGGAGAUCACGGAAAGUGGGAUUUGUUGAAGGAAAAUUUUGAGAAAAUGAAGCGUCGAGGUCACAAAAAGAGUGGAGCUGUAUAUGCCGUUCUGGUUGACAUAUAUGGGCAGUACGGGAGAUAUCAGGGCGCGGAAGAAUGCAUAUCUGCUUUGAGAGCGGAAGGUGUUCAGAUGUCAUCAAACAUAUAUUCUGUGAUGGCUAAUGCAUAUGCUCAACAGGGAUUAUGUGAAGAGACUGUGAAGGUUCUGCAAAUCAUGGAAGCUGAAGGUAUUGAACCGAACCUAAUCAUGCUCAAUAUUUUGAUCAACGCAUUUGGUAUUGCUGGAAGAUAUCUUGAGGCACUCUCUGUAUAUGACCAUAUCGUUGAAAGUGGCAUUAAUCCUGAUGUCGUGACAUACACCACUCUAAUGAAAGCUUUGAUCAGGGCAAAAAAGUUCAACAGAGUUCCUGAACUGUACCAACAAAUGGAGUUGGUUGGAUGUACUCCUGAUAGGAAGUCCAGGGAGAUGUUGCAGAUUGCAUUGAUGCACCUUCAACCGAUAUGAUGCUCUGAUGAUUUUAGAUUUCCGACUCUGAAGCCUAUUUUCCUCAUAAAUAUAAAAAUAUACGAAGUGAUUAAAAUCAUUCAGCUAAUUGAGGAGAAACUCCGUAUGUCUGUAUUUAUAAUUUUACGGCCUCAAUUGACCCAAAAAUAACCCAAUAUCAACUAUUCAAUCCCCAACCCUAUUAUAAGUCCCAAAAUGCAGAAAAAUUAUAUCACAGGCACAAUUAUAAAUUAGGCAAGCCUCAUUAUAGAGUCCUUGCUUAUUUCAAGGCAAAACAUGCUGAUUGCAGUAUAUGCAUCAGAAGCCAAGCUGACUCUCAGAUGUAACAAAGGGGCAUUUGGAUGAUGAUUCAGGUAAAUCGGUGAUGCUUGUUAAGAAGCGUUACAUGUCUGCCUAUCUUUUGUUUCAGAAUUGCAGUUGCUUUAGGGUGACACUAAGUUUCUCAUCACUGUGAUUGUACGUUCAUCCCACAAGAUGGUGGUUGACGGGUUCAAUUCGCAGACACAGCCUCUUGGAAAGAAGUUAGAUUUGAUCGCGUACAAUCCUGCAUCUCAUGCCUUCCUCAAGAUCUGUGUUGGCUGAAGGAAUAUUUACUGCCACUGUUUUGAGCCUAGACUGUUCCUGUAUCGGCUAUUCGGCUGUAUGCUCAUGGACUAGAAAAAACAUAAUAUUUGGAAAAUAUGAGGUCCUAGGAUUUGGGAGAUAGAGGCCUAGUAACCCACCUAGCCUGAGUGGCCCAAAGAUCCUAGUUUUAUUUAAGACAACAUUUUAUCUUUGGUGGUUACUCUGAUCGCUUGUUAAUAGUCAAGUUCUCAACACGGCUAUUGAAUAGUUUUAAGGUAGGGAGAAAUACUCUAUAAUUCUUACUAGACUUUUACUUCCUCCGUUACAUAUUAGUUACAACUUUGGAAUUUUUUAUGUCUCACAAAUAAUACUCCAAAGUUGCAACUAAUAUGUAAGGGAGGAAGUAUGUUAUUUUUGGUCCAGUAUUUGUGGGCAUUCUUUGUGAUGAUAUAUGGUAAGAGUUUACCAUGUAAACCAGUAAGCCUUGCUUGGUGUCGAACAUGGUAUUAGUUGGAACACUUGAGAUUACAUGCUUUUGUAUGAAAUUAUGUCUUGCAAGUAUUUUGGAACGGAAUGAGUAUUCAAGAGUGUUUUCGCCUAUGGGAGUAUGGAGUAGUACUCUGUAGUUAUUAGUUUGUAAUCUCUGUAUUAGAAGUGAAUAUUUUUUUGCACCAAGUCAUGUAUGUGUACAGUGUACAUAAUGUUUACUCUGUAUUUGGUCUAGUUGUUAAGAUCAAGAGUCUGUGAACGAUUGGUCACUUGUUUAAAUCCAUCACUAUCAUUUAUAGUGAGUAUUUUGUAUUGCCCUUCUGGCUUAGUCGAAUCAAAUAACAUACUUUAUAAUGUUUA